CAAAGCUGAGGUACGAAACCCCCUUAACAUUUCCUUGACAGACAGACACAGUCAGAUGAGAUACAGGAAGGCAUGUGAAACAAACGCGCCAUAACGCAUGGGCUUGCUGUGAACAGACCGUCUCCCGCGGCCCAUCAUGCCGUCUCCUGGUCUCCUGACCCGCUGGAGCGGCCCGCGGUUCUUGUGUCUGUUAGCCGUGAGGGUGAUGGUGGUGGCAGCCACGGUCAGCAAAGGCUCUGAAAAAACAUGCAAGAUCUGGUCCAGCGCUGGAGAAGUGGUGGAACGAAACUCCAGUUUUCGGAUUUUCUGCACAUUUCCAUCCACAUGCGAGAUGGCUGUGAUGGCUGUGCAACAGCCGGCUGCGAUGGCUGUGCAACACAAUCUGAAUUCGUCCACUGUGUACAUUGACCGGGUACAGUACACUAACAGUGCGACGUAUACCUGCCAUUGCAAGCCUGGCCGCACCUCGAAAUUCUGUGGAAUCGAUAUUGUUGCAGGAUAUCCACCAGGCAAACAUGGAGCCCCGACGUGCAUAAAGAGUUAUACUGAAGUAGGCCUACAACAUGGUUUUGUGGAGUGUAGAUGGAAAAGUCUGACGGAAACCUAUCUACCCACUACAUCUACCCUACGGGUGACGUCUCUGUCCAAAAUACCCACGGGCUUCCCCAUGGUUCUCAAAGGGUCCAGUGAGGGCCCUGGGUCGUUCAGGGCUCGCUGGUCGGUUAACAGUUCCGUCCAGAUGAUUUCCGUGGAAGUCCUGGCCUGCAAUAAGCUGGGGCGGACAGGGUCUGACACCUAUAACUUCACUCUCAGCGACAUCGUGAAGCCCUUGCCUCCCGUUUUGAACCUAUUGGAGUGCUCCUCGAGGUCCUGUAACAUCACCUGGGGCCACUCCCUGAAGCCCCACCUACAGGUCCAGUACAGGGAUGUUAUGGAUCGGAUGGUCGCAGAGGAGGAAUGUAUACCACAUCCAGACUCAGACUGGCAGAACAGCUCAUCUGAGCUGCCCUCCGUCCAUUCUCUAGAGCCAUCCAGGCAUUACUGCUUCAGAGCCAGAGCCAAGCUGAACAGUGGACUCUGGAGCGACUGGAGCAGACCGGUCCCCAACAGGACUCAGGGGGAAGGCAAGUGUGACAGAGAGUGUUGUCGUUUUGCAGCUCCCAACAAGGAACUGGACAUCUGGUUUACCAGGGCCACUUCUCAACCGAACAGCUUGACUGUCUACUGGAAGUCAAUGAAUGAAUCAGAGGCCAGAGGGAGGGUGCUGGGAUACCUAGUCCAUAUAAAUGACAAUCGCACGAAAAGCCGCACCACGCACAAUGUCAGCGCAAACGACGCACAUUUGUCAGUCCAGUCCUGUGUAACGUGCCUGGUGACGGUGUCCGCAUACAACUCCAAAGGCUCCUCCCCUCCGGCCCGCGUCCCCACCCUUUUCAAAACAGCUCAGCCCCCUCAAGAGUUGCAUUUCACGGAAAGCAAGGACAAUGUCUCCCUCUACUGGCGCAAGGCAGAUCCUACAUUGCAAUCCACUGGCUAUCUGGUUGAGUGGUAUCUGCAACCAGACCAGCAGUUUGAAAAGUUCCAAUGGAUGCGACUGUCCCGUGCAGAGAACCAGGCAGUAAUCACAGAGAUUGUUCCAUAUGAGUGCUAUGAUGGAGCGGUAUAUGUCUUCUAUGCAAACGCUUUGGGCAGGGCCAGUUUUACUGGUGUCAACACUCUAGUUAGAGCGCCAACAGGUGCGCCGUCGGUCACUAAGCACGGUGAGGGCCACGAGGUGACCUUGACCUGGACACAGAUUCCCCGGCAUCAGCGCGGAGGCUGUGUCCGCUACUACACCGUCUACGUAGGAAACAACACGGACCCCGAGCGCAUGUACCACGUCCCUGCAUCCGAGCGACAGUACGCCUUCGGCCGUCUGCCUCCAGACACCUACAUAGUCUGGGUGACAGCCUGGACAGAACAGGGCGAAGGACCCUGUAUUGAAAAAAUCAAGUUUAUCAUCUACCCUCUUUCAGAGGAAACCAACCUGCUCUAUUGGCUUUUAUUGGCAACCUUCUUGUGCAUAGCUCUUCUGCUGUGCCACUUCAAGUUGAUAACAAAAUGGCAAAGGCUGAAGAUGAUUCGAAUAUUACUGAAUGAUGUACCAGAUCCCAGCAAUAGCAAGUGGGCAAAGGCCUUUACAGAUAACAAGACCUUUGUUGACUCUUUGAAGAGCAAGAUGGAUCUCAACGUGAACCCCAGCGACUUCUCCUCCUCCGAAGAGGAAGACAUUGUGACGUUCUUGGAGAAUCCGAAGGAGAUCGUCGAAGACUUGGGCCACCGCGAGGGCCUCACCGACGCCUCCUCUGUCCAUCGGCCCGAUUGGGAUUCAGGGACGGCGUCGCAGACCCACUACAUCAAGAGUACAGACAGCUCCCACCUCGCGCGCAGCUCUCAGGACACGGGCACCACCGCCAGCUACACCUCCUCGCAGGCGGAGCAGAGUGUACUGGAGGAAGGGCGGGAGGAAGAGGAGGAGUGUAUAGACUUCUACUCCGGCAAUGUCUUUGAUGAACCCAUCGUGUUUGGGAGGGGGCUGACGCUUAAUGCAGUGAAAAUUGACGGCAGAAGCUUAUGGGAGAAUGAUUGCUGAAAGGUGCAACCGAUUCAAUUAUUUAUUAUUGGGAUUCUUGUAGGCAGGGUUGCAAUUUGAGCCAGGUGGGGCUUGAACCUAGACUUGGUUGCCCCACCCAUUCUGCCGGCGAUCAGUUCGCCCUGCACAAGGCCCUGGAGAAGAUUUCUUUCUGCUUUAUAUUUCUUUCUGCUUCCGAUACGUUUUUUGGGGAGCCUAUCACUGAGCUGGCUUUUCCC